UGUAGGUAUGUGUUCUACUAUGAGGUAAUAAUAUAAUUAUUUUUGUUUUUAUUAUUUUACAUUGUAUUUACAUUUCCUAAUGAUUAACCCAUAAAAACAGUCCAAAAUUGCUUGGAAUCAAAUCUUUUAAUGCUAAUGCUUGUGAAAGUUAAAAACAUUUUGUUUACUUUCUAUUGUUAGCAUUUCAGAGAUACAGGGUUUUGCCAUGACAGACACAGUGCAUUUUGCAAAACAAGUAAAUACAUGAAUUAUAUAUGCUCCAAGUUUGAUAGCAUUAACAAUACUGUCAUUACAUGUAAGCAUACAUCUUUGAAAUUCAGGGGAAAAAACAAAAGCUGAACCUGCCUUAAUGUGGAAGCCUAUUAAACUGCAUGUCCGUGUUUUGUUUAUUUUAAAGUCAUGGACUAAAAUGUUAGUGGAUUGUAAGCUCUUUGUUAGCCCCACUGUUUAUGACUGCAGUAUUAUACUUCCUCUAGGCAUCCUGGCUUCAUGGUGCCACAUUUCAAAAGUGAUGUGUUAAUAAAUGACACACUUUUGUGUUGUGUGUUUCAGUAUGUUUUGCGUUGUGUUCUUGUCUGUUAAAAAUAGGGAUGCAUGACAAUAUCGGAAACAAACUGACAAAGAAAUACUUCACAAAAAAAUGGUUUUCAGACAGAUUAAGGCUUGACUGAUAUUUUAGACCAAUAUUUGGCUACAUACUUAUUGUACUUUGGAAAUGAAGAAUGUAAAUAUUUUUGUUUAGUCAUUUUAUUGCAUUUGUAACCCUUAAAAAAUAAGUGUUAUAUUUCUCUGUAAUGCCAAUACAGCUAAAUGUAGUCCAAAUUUCCACAUUUUGUAAAUGGUUAUAAAUCUAUCUGCCGAUAUGUACUUGAAAAAUAUCAGAAAGUGAGCAAAAAUCCACCUGUUUUUCACAAUUUUUGGAUUAUGAAAUCAUUAAGAUAUAAACAAUGUUUUUCAGAGUGGUUUGGUAUGAAAUGUGCCAUUCCAAAGAACCUACCAAGUCAGUGGUGAUAAACCGGACAAUCUAAGUUUUUAUGCUUCUUAAAGCUACCGCACAGAAAGCUGGUAUACAAAUGAGUAUGUUUCCUGAUGUCUUAGAUGUUUAAGUUUUCCAAUAGUUUUGAUAAUAGAAUUUUGGCCUAAAACAUGUAUUUUUACUCUUUUCAUGGCAGAGGGGUACAUGAAGCGUGUUUUAAGAUGAAAUAAUACCCUCAAAAAAACUUUUUCAGGAUUUAGCACUACUUCACCAUCAGUAUUAUGAUGAGAUGGCUGUAUUUGCAUUAAAGACUCCUGGUACCUAUCCUCACCAUUCUAAAAUAAACUGAUUCAGUAAGUUGCACCAAUGCACUAUUUCAAAUUAAAUCAUUCUGAAAAUAAAUGUAAUGCUUCAGUACACCUUACAGGAAGUGUAUUAUGUUGGCCAGGCUGUGUUAUACAUAUUACAGUUGGCUUAUGUGUUACAUAUUUCUUGUUUCAAUAUAAUUGCGUUUGGACUGCAUUAGCCUCAUUUGUGUAGUCAUCCUGUGAUCAGUUGCUUUGGCGGUGCUCUAUGAAAAGCAGUAAGUGCGAAUAAAGCAUUUAUUGAGCAUAUUGGAGUGGGUAGGAGUUGGUGGAUCUGGGUAGAAUUCUGGAGAAAGUAGCUGACCUCCUGCUGCUGCGUUCAUGUGCAGGCAUGUGAGAUGGAGAGGGUGGAUGGGGAGGGGCUGAAGCGUGGGUGAUGAUGUCAGGGAAUGUGAGGGGCAUGAAGGAGGGUAAAAAUCUUUUAUUUUUGUGUUUGAAUGAGGGAAGUGUUUGAAAGAAGCCUAUGAGAAACAGUGAAAGAGAAUGAAACAUUUGCUUAUCUUUGUAUCUAAAAGACUGAAAACUUGAUGUGAGAAACAUGGAUCUAUAUGUAUGUGAGCGUGUCUGGCAAAGAGAAGGGGAUGCCUCCACUUGUGUUUCUGCAUCUGCUUACUGGCUGGAGUGAAAAGUGGGUGGAGCUUUCCCCUGCUGCAGCAGCAUGGACUGGAAGGGAGGGAGAGAAAGAGCACGAAUGCAUCAUUGCCACUGAGAAAGAGAGAGAGAGGGAGGGAGGCUGGCUGUGCUCUCUGCAUCGCGCCACUCUCCCCCUCAUUUCCAUUCCAGACGCUGGCUUCUCUCAGGAGAGCCCCUCUCUCCGUUUGAAAUGCCAAUCACCGCUGGCCGUGCCUUCAUCCUCGAUCACACACGCUUUCCCAGUGUAACGGCAGCGUGCGAGAACCCAGAGAGCAUCGAGGAGAUUUCCCGCUCUUCUUCGACUGACUGAAGUUACUGUGGGAUAGAAAAAACGGCAUCUGGAUGACUCUGGAUUUUUGUCCUGUCUGAGGAUGGCGAGGUUUUGACUGUCCUUUGUUCUUCUUAUGCGUUCUAACGUUUGGACUAAUCACCAUUAAGAGUACAAAUGGGGACUAUCUAAUCAGAGUGCUGAGAACUUCACUUCCUCUGUCUUUUUCUGUACUCUGACUCCCUCCUUGAACAUCCUGGGCUUGGCAUUGGACUGCCCUGCUCUAGUGCAGCUGUGACUCUCCUAGUAAAGACGAAGAAGAACGGGAAGAACGAGGAAGGCUAGGGCAAAUGCGGGGGGCGCUGGUACAUCCUGUGUUGCUGGGGGUUUGAAGCCUGUCUUGCCUCUGUUCUGUGUUUCGUUGAAGGCUUUUGUGGCUAUGAUAGACAUUUAGUAAGUCUGUGUGAAAGGAUUCCUGUAGACUGCACGGACCUGCGUCUCAUAUUGCUGCUGAGAUGGCAGACGGCCGGCAUGGGUACGUCUCUCCUGUCUGCCAGAGAAAGCUGCACACUGGCCAGCCUUUGCUGAGCUAGGCCCCUUGAGGAAGCCUUCCUAGCGCACCUUCAAACAAGAUGAACUCAACUGAGCUAAACCAGAGCACCGUGACCUUCUGCCUGCUGGACGUUGGCUACUCUCAAAUCUUCAACACCUGCCUGCUGGAAGUUGCUGUCAUCCUUUUCCUUACAGUGCUCAUCAUCUCUGGCAACCUGGUAGUGAUUUUCGUAUUCCACUGUGCCCCGCUGCUCAGCCACCACACCACCAGCUCCUUCAUCCAGACUAUGGCAUAUGCCGACUUGCUGGUGGGGGUCAGCUGCCUCAUCCCGUCCUUGUCCUUGCUGCACCAUUUGGAGGGACUAGACGAGGAACUCACCUGCAAGGUCUUCGGUUACAUGGUGUGCGUCCUGAAGAGCGUCUCCAUGACCUCACUAGCAUGCGUUAGCGUGGACCGCUAUGUGGCGAUCACCCGGCCACUCUCCUAUGCGGCGCUGGUGACACCUUGCCGUCUACGAGCCUGCAUUGCUCUCAUCUGGAUCUACUCUGCCCUCAUCUUCCUGCCCUCCUUCCUUGGCUGGGGCAAGCCAGGAUACCACGGGGAUGUAGUCGAGUGGUGCUCAUCUUCCUGGUCCACCCAGCCACUCUUCACCGCUUUCAUCGUGGCAGCGUUGUAUGCACCCGCGGCCCUCACUGUCUGCUUCACUUACGCCCACAUCUUCCGCAUCUGCCGCCAACACACCCGGCAGAUCAGCGAGCGCCGGGCACGGUUUGGGCCACAGGAGCCUGAACCAGGUGAACAAACUUGUCCUGACAAGCGCUACGCCACCGUGCUCUUCCGCAUCACCAGUGUCUUCUACCUGCUGUGGCUGCCGUACAUCAUCUACUUCCUGCUGGAGAGUGCAGGAAUAUACCGUCAUCCUGCUGCCUCCUUUCUGACUACAUGGUUGGCCAUCAGCAACAGCUUCUGCAACUGCCUCAUCUACAGCCUGUCCAACAGCGCCUUCCGAAAAGGCCUCAAGCGCCUUUGUCUGCUCUGCCUACAGCGCUCAGACACAACCAAGAAGCCCCUGGGAGCUCUGCAGGCCCCUGCUCGACCAGCCUGUCACGUUUAG